AUGACAAACACCCGGAUCACCGAUGCCGAAGUUUUUGAAAGAAGAUAUCCUGUCCUUAUCCGGGAGUUCUCCAUCAGAGAAAACUCUGGCGGUGCCGGUGCCCACCGGGGCGGAAAUGGUGUGGUGCGGGACAUUGAAUUUCGGGUUCCUGUCACGGCGUCUAUUUUAUCCGAGAGACGAGUUGUUCCGCCACACGGUUUGGAAGGUGGUUCCGACGGCGAGCGCGGUUUUAACGUCUGGGUACGUAAGGUUAAAGAUGCCGAUGGCAAUGUCGUUACGAGAAGCGUCAAUGUGGGCGGCAAAGCGACGGUGCAAGCGUUGGCUGGAGACAGAUUUGUCAUUAACACUCCGGGCGGCGGCGGAUUCGGACCAGUCUCGGAGUCUUUGCCCACGGAGAAAAAGAAGCACCAGCAUUUUGCGGGGACUGGACAGGUUCUGAUUCGGAACACUGCACAGCUUACAAACUAG